GCGUUUCCAUUUACUUCUACGGUGUGGUAGUUUCGAGACUAAUGAAAAUAACGCGACAUAGGCUCGGACAUAGGUUUGUUAGAGACCAUAUCAAAACAAACCAGAAUUAGCUAAUAGAAAUCAUCAUAAAAUCGGCACUUAUGGGUCGAAUAAUGUGUGUAUAACUCGAGAACAGUGUUAAAAUGAUUAUUUUACUGCAAAUUGUAUUGAUUAUCUCCGCGACGCUGCAGGCUUCAAAUGUGGUUGGCAGUAAAGAUUCCACGUCGAGUGCAGGUAUUGGUGCUGGCACACCAAACGUAGUCAGCGGCAGCGUGGUCGAUGGUAAUGGUAGUGCUGUUGUUUUUAAUUAUGAUGAAGCAACUGGUAGUUCCGAUGCACCGUCGGUGACUGAGCGGUCUGAGUCGAUGGAACGAGAUAGAAAGGAUCAAGAAUACUCUUCGAAAGUCUCGGAGAAUAACGAGAGCUCAUGUGGAGGAACAAAACCAAUUGAUCGAGAUUACUACAUGGAUGAGAAACUUCUGGGAGCUAUCACAAAAACGAAGACCACGGGAGAAUUUCCAAAUGAUGAAGAAAUAAUUGAAUUUGUGAAAGUAAUCCUUCAAAAUUCUAACUGGGACAAAAUAACUAUGAAAAUGGUCAGUAAGAUAGUGUACGAUAAAUAUCCAGACUAUGAUCUGACAAUAAAGGAAACAUUAAUUAAGGACACCAUAAAAUACCUCAUCCGCCAACCGUGAUUUUAAUAUUUAUUGUUAAAAAAUAUUUGAAAACUGUUUGUAUGAAUCGAUACCAAUAUAAGCUCAGGUAUUGUUGUUACGCCAAAAAACAAAGCUAAUUAAUUAUAAAAGGACAACUAAAACUAAUAAAUCUGUGCAUUAUACAAAAUAA